CUGGCGGGGCCGGCUGCUGGGCUCAGUGUGGAGUGGGCUCUGGCACCAUGGCGAGCACGGCCGUCAGAGUCGCCGGGCGGCGGCUGAGCCAGCAAAGCGCAUCCGGAGCGCCGGUCCUCCUGCGUCAGAUGUUUGAGCCCAAGAGCUGCACCUACACCUACCUGCUGGGUGACCGGGACUCCCGAGAGGCGGUCCUGAUCGACCCUGUUCUGGAGACAGCGCACCGGGAUGCUCAGCUGAUUAAGGAGCUGGGGCUGAAGCUGCUCUAUGCGGUGAACACCCACUGCCAUGCUGACCACAUCACGGGCUCAGGGGUUCUCCGAUCCCUCCUCCCGGGCUGUCAGUCCGUCAUCUCUCGCCUCAGCGGAGCUCAGGCUGAUUUGCAUAUCGGGGAAGGUGAUUCCAUCCCCUUUGGACGCUUUGCUUUGGAGACUCGGGCCAGCCCUGGCCACACCCCGGGCUGUGUCACCUUUGUCCUGAAUGACCAGAGCAUGGCUUUCACUGGAGAUGCCCUACUGAUCCGAGGGUGUGGACGGACAGACUUCCAACAAGGUUGCGCGAAGACUUUGUACCACUCAGUGCACGAGAAGAUCUUCACACUUCCAGACAACUGUCUAAUCUACCCAGCUCAUGAUUACCACGGGCUCACAGUUUCUACUGUGGAGGAGGAACGGACUCUGAACCCACGGCUCACUCUCAGCUGUGAGGAGUUUAUCAAGGUCAUGGACAACCUGAACUUGCCCAAGCCACAUCAGAUAGACAUUGCCGUUCCUGCAAAUAUGCGCUGUGGGGUCCAGACUCCACCUUCCUGAUUCAUCCCAGCCAGCUGCUCACAUCCGUUAAGAAGGCACUAGGUGGGGUGAGGGGAGGGGUGUCACCCCAGGGCCUCUCUCCUCUCCUACCCCUACUCUCACCAGCUACUUCAGCUUCUUAAAUAAAGUUUACUUUGAUUUUGCCAUGA